CCCGCCUUCUCGGAUAUAAAAGCGACUCAGACACCGCCACUUCUCAUUCGGUUACUUACAUCGACUCGUUACUGUCGAGCAAAGUAACAGUCACUUUUUGUAGGUUCAUCUUCAUAGUUAAUAUAACUUGAAAAAAUGCGUGAGUGUAUCAGUAUCCACGUUGGCCAGGCUGGUGUCCAGAUCGGCAAUGCCUGCUGGGAGCUGUACUGCUUGGAACAUGGCAUCCAGCCUGAUGGUCAGAUGCCCAGUGAUAAGACCAUUGGGGGUGGAGACGAUUCCUUCAACACUUUCUUCAGUGAGACAGGAGCAGGAAAGCAUGUUCCCCGAGCUGUGUUUGUGGACCUGGAACCAACUGUGAUAGAUGAGGUUCGUACCGGUACUUACCGCCAGCUCUUCCACCCUGAGCAACUCAUUACUGGGAAAGAAGAUGCGGCCAAUAACUAUGCCCGUGGUCACUACACAAUUGGCAAGGAGAUCAUUGACCUGGUUCUGGACAGAAUCCGCAAACUGGCUGACCAAUGUACAGGUCUGCAGGGCUUCCUGGUCUUCCACAGCUUUGGUGGUGGCACCGGCUCUGGUUUUACAUCGCUGCUGAUGGAGCGUCUGUCGGUUGACUAUGGCAAGAAAUCCAAGCUUGAAUUCUCCAUUUACCCAGCUCCCCAAGUGUCUACAGCAGUAGUAGAACCCUACAACUCCAUCCUAACCACCCACACCACCCUGGAGCACUCGGAUUGUGCUUUCAUGGUGGACAAUGAAGCCAUCUAUGACAUCUGCCGCAGAAACCUUGACAUUGAACGACCCACUUAUACCAAUCUGAACCGUCUCAUUAGCCAGAUAGUGUCCUCCAUCACAGCCUCCCUUCGCUUUGAUGGUGCCCUGAAUGUUGAUCUGACUGAGUUCCAGACCAACUUGGUGCCGUAUCCCCGUAUCCACUUCCCAUUGGCCACCUAUGCCCCAGUUAUCUCUGCUGAGAAAGCCUACCAUGAGCAGCUUUCCGUAUCUGAAAUCACCAAUGCUUGCUUUGAGCCAGCCAACCAGAUGGUCAAAUGUGACCCACGCCAUGGCAAGUACAUGGCCUGCUGCCUCCUUUAUCGUGGUGAUGUGGUGCCAAAAGAUGUCAAUGCAGCCAUUGCUACUAUCAAAACCAAACGUAGCAUUCAGUUUGUGGAUUGGUGUCCAACUGGUUUCAAGGUUGGCAUCAACUACCAGCCUCCCACUGUGGUACCUGGAGGUGACCUGGCCAAGGUACAGCGAGCUGUCUGUAUGCUGAGCAACACCACAGCUAUUGCUGAAGCUUGGGCUCGCCUGGACCACAAGUUUGACCUGAUGUAUGCCAAGCGUGCCUUUGUUCACUGGUAUGUUGGUGAGGGUAUGGAGGAGGGAGAGUUCUCAGAAGCCCGUGAGGAUAUGGCUGCUCUGGAGAAGGAUUAUGAAGAAGUGGGUGUUGAUUCAGUGGAGGGAGAAGGGGAAGAGGAAGGAGAGGAGUAUUAACUUCAAGUUCUAUCAAUUCACAAAAGCAUGUACUUAAGCUCCAGGCUUGGUUCAUUCCAGUGUUUGGCUAUUGAGUGAUGUUAAACAACCAGGGUGUUAGAAAUGGUGCCAUCUUGGUGCUGUAGAAUAUGUAAUGAUUUUUAUGGUUGUCUUUGAUCUGUGAUCAUGUUUGCUCGUGUCUAUGCAUAAUCUCUUUUUCAUCAUGUCUGAUGCAAUAAAGGAGCUUGAAAUAAUCA